GUCUAUGGGUCUGAACUUGUCAGUUUCAGAAGGUCCCGCCGACAGAGGUGGACAGAGGCCGGGAGAGGUUCAGGAGCAUGACCCAGCUGGUUAAGAGGGGCUCUGGGUGAGGAGCCCCACCAGGAGCUGGCCCGGCACUCCCACCGUUACCGGGUGGAAUGCUAUGGAAUAUGAUGAGAAGCUGGCCCGGUUCCGGCAGGCCCACCUCAACCCCUUCAACAAGCAGCUCGGGCCACGGCAGCAUGAGCAGGGACCCGACAAGGAGGCCCCAGACGUCACUUCUGAAGACACCCUUCCCGAGCUGCCACCUGUGGAGCCGGAGUUCCGCUGCCCGGAGCGUGCAAUGGACCUUGGCCUGUCUGAGGACCACUUCUCCCGUCCUGUGGGCCUGUUCCUGGCCUCCGACGUCCAGCAGCUGCAGCAGGCAAUCGAGGAGUGUAAGCAGGCCAUCCUGGAGCUGCCCGAGCAGUCCGAGAGGCAGAAGGAUGCGGUGGUGCGGCAGAUCCACCUGCGGCUGAAGCUCCAGGAGCUGAAGGACCCCAGUGAGGAGGAGCCUGACAUCCGUGUCCUGCUCGAGCACCGCUUCCACAAGGAGAAGAGCAAGAGCGUGAAGCAGGCCUGUGACAGGUGCCACGCCGUCAUCUGGGGGCUCGUCCAGACCUGGUACACCUGCACAGGGUGUUGUUACCGCUGUCACAGCAAGUGCCUGAACCUGGUCUCCAAGCCCUGCGUGAGCUCUAAGGUCAGCCACCAGGCGGAGUACGAGCUGAGCAUCUGCCCUGAGACCGGGCUGGACAGCCAGGACUACCGCUGUGCCGAGUGCCGGGCGCCCAUCUCCCUGCGGGGCGUGCCUAGCGAGGCCCGGCAGUGCGACUACACGGGGCGGUACUACUGCGGCCUCUGCCACUGGGACGACAUGGCCGUCAUCCCCGCGCGCGUCGUGCACAACUGGGACUUCGAGCCCCGCAAGGUGUCCCGCAGCAGCAUGCGCUACCUGGCGCUCAUGGCAUCGCGGCCCGUGCUCAGGCUCCGAGAGAUCAACCCACUGCUUUUCAGCUACGUGGAGGAGCUGGUGGAGAUCCGGAAGCUGCGCCAGGACAUCCUGCUCAUGAAGCCAUACUUCGUCACGUGCAAGGAGGCCAUGGAAGCACGGCUGCUGUUGCAGCUCCAGGACCGGCAGCAUUUCGUGGAGAACGAUGAGAUGUACUCCAUCCAGGACCUCCUGGAGGUGCACCUGGGCCGUCUCAGCUGCUCGCUCACCGAGACGCACACGCUCUUCGCCAAGCACAUCAAGCUGGACUGCGAGCGGUGCCAGGCCAAGGGCUUCGUGUGCGAGCUCUGCCGAGAGGGUGACGUGCUGUUCCCCUUUGACAGCCACACGUCCGUGUGCACCGACUGCUCCGCCGUCUUCCACAGGGACUGCUAUUAUGACAACUCGACCACGUGUCCAAAGUGCGCCCGGCUCACCCUGAGGAAGCAGUCGCUCUUCCAGGAGCCUGGCCCGGAUGUGGAUGCCUAGGGCACUGGGGAAGCACCAGGCACCCACCUGCCUAUCUGUGCCCACCUGCUGGUCAUUGCCGAAGUCAAGGUGUUCGCUCUGCUCUGGAGACCCCUGGACGCAGCCCCCAGACCUUUUCCGGCUCUGUGGACCAGGACAGGGACAGCAGUACCCUGAGGGCACCACCUCACUCCCAGGGCCUUGCUGGAACUUGGCCCACUGGUCCCUGGCUGUUACAUGGGUAGGUGUGCUGCUGCUACGAGGGGUCUGAUGUGGCUCUCAUCCCUCUCCAUCGCAAGACUCCAUGGCAGAGGCGUGGGGGAGGACUUCUCCCUUCCCCAUGGUACAGAGCUCCCAAGGCUUCUGCCUUGCGUCUGUUAGGGCCUCUCUGGACCCCCAGAGGGCUGCAGGGCAGUGGCCAGUGAGACCAGAGGAUGCCAGCUGCGUACACUCAGCUUGGGCCUGGUCUGAUCGUAGAGAAUGAUUUAGGCUCUACCUGGAGGGCUUCUCCAGACCCUCAUCUCUCUGGCUUCUAGUAGUCUCUGGCUGGACUCCUGCUCAUCCCCCCUGGACCUACUCCUGUCUUGGCCUCCAGAAGCUC